AUGUCAACCUACGAAAAGAUGGCGGUCACAGGAACCGCCGCGAUGCGGCAGCAAUUUUCGAUCAUCCUCAUUGCCUCGUAUAUUGUCGACUGGAUUCUUGUCGCUGGGCUCGCGAUCGGCUCCUACGUACUCGGAAACAUCAAACCAAACUUUCGCAACUUUUCACUAGCCGAUCCCAACAUUGCUUUUCCCUUUUCCGAACAUGAAACCUUUCCGAAUGCGCUUCUGUUUGUCUGCUGUGGUGUCAUUCCCGUCGUGGUGGUGGCCGUCAUCACCCUCCUUCUCGUCCCCGGCGGCACCGUGCCAAAGGGCACCCCUGCGAUAUCGGUCUGGAAGCGAAAGCUCUGGGAGCUGCAGAUCUCUUGGUUGGGCUUGGUUUUGGCUGUCGGGUCCGCAUGGUUCUUUGUUAGUGGCUUGAAGAACAUGUGCGGCAAGCCACGCCCUGACAUGCUCUCCCGCUGCAAGCCAGACAUGGCCAAUGCGGACAAGUACAUCGUCGGUGGCUUCCAGAUUGAAGGCGCCAACGGCCACCUUUACUCAGCCGCCAUCUGCACCGAGACGGACCAGGCAAAGCUCUGGGACGGCUUUCGUAGCUAUCCUAGCGGCCACGCCGCCGCCUCCGCUGGCGGUCUGAUCUAUCUGUCGCUCUUCUUGGCCAGCAAGUUUGCUGUGACGAUGCCCUGGAUCAUGCCUGGGUCUGGCGGAAAUAGUGCUUCGCUCGCCGCGUUCCCCUCUCGUGCUGCGCAAGCGAAUGUACAUGCCCAGAACGGCUACGAGGAAGGUCACGACGGCAGCUGGCCACUCGGCGCGAAGCCCCUCAAGGCCAAGAUCCACGGCGCACGCACGCGUGCCGCUGCUCCCCCCGUUUUCCUACUCGUCAUCACACUGGUUCCAUUUAGUCUGGCGCUUGUGAUUUCGGCUUCUCGGUGGUUCAACUAUCGGCACCACGGCUUCGACAUUCUCUUUGGUUUCCUAAUUGGUACCGCCUGUGGCAUAUACAGCUUCCGCUACUACCACAUGCCAAUCCAGGACGGUGCUGGCUGGGCUUGGGGUCCCCGAGACCCUAAACGUGCCUUCUGGGCUGGUGUUGGCAACGUUGGCUAUGUCGCUUCGCGUUCGGACGAUGUUGCCGAUUCUGCCGAUAUUGAGGCCUAUCCCAAGACCGCGGUGGCGCGCGGUGCAACCCAGCGCACCGACCAACAACCCGGCGCGAACGGCCAGUACGGUGGACAGUACGAAACUGGAUUUGAACAGGUUGAGUUGCAGAGACUGAACCGUGGCGACGACGACCGAGUGUAA